CUGGCGGAGAUACUGUUCAGCAAGUUUCCGACGUUCUUGCGGUUUACUGAGCCUCUGGGUCUCUGAGCGAGGGAUUGAUGGUUCCGCCGCGGCUGACCGGCGCGCUGCGCUCCUUCUCCAAUGUCAGCAGGCAGGAUGACUGGACGUCGGAAGCGUACGACUUGAAGUCAAAACGGUUGCAGAGGCAAGAGCUGUUCUCCAAGGAGGGCCUGACCUGGAAGAAGGUCACGCAGUUCUUCCGGCAGCACCUGGAUAAGGCUGAACAGCAGACUGCUGCCGAACAGCUGAAGCGCAUCCUGCAGGCUGCCAAGCAGAUAGUGGGCACAGACUUUGGCCAGGAGACUAUUGAGAGCGCAGCCGUUUUCCUUUUCAAGACCUUCUACAAUAAGGACCAGGUGGGCCAUGAAGAGACCCGAGCCAUCAAGCAGAUGUUCGGACCCUUCCCCUCCUCGGCAGCUGAGGCCUCCUUUGCUGCUAUCGGCCAGCUGGCUGCACUGUCUGAUGAGGUCCAGCUGGAGGCCUUUGUUCGAGCCCAGGACUCCCGUCCCUCUCUGGACCGCACCCCCUUCGGCCGCAACAUUAGCUUCUCCUACGAGAGCUACGCUUUGGACUACCUCGAGGGGGUGCCCUGGGCGUGCCUGGAGGAUGGUCUGAGCCGUGACAUCAGCCUAGACUUUGACAGGUUCCUCAGUGGCCAACAAGAGAACCGGAGGGACCAGCUGGCAGAUGGUGCCUCUGCCGUCAGACCUCCCCGUGGAGCUGUGUUGCGAGAGGAAGUGGAUAGGUACUUGUCCCAGGGCAACAUGGGCCAGUCCAGUGCUGAGGAGCUCUGCACCUCACUGUUUGAGAUGUUGGCGUCCCACAAAACGGACGACGAACUGCAGAAUGAGUUGUUCGAGCUCCUGGGUCCUGAAGGCUUCGAGAUGAUUGAGCGCUUGCUCCAGCGACGGACAGACAUUGUGGACGCACUUCUGUCUGCUCCCCCCGACCAGAAGCUGAGCCACCUGACAGAGGGUGGCCGCAAAGGUAACGGAGAGGGCAGCAAGCCAACCUAUGGCUGCCAGGUGACCAUCCAGUCAGAGCAGGAGAGGCAGAUGCUGAAGGUGCAGCGGCGGGAGGAGAAGAAGAGGCGGGAGAGGCGUGGAGAGGAGCCCGAUAGCAGCGCUGUUGUGGACUCGUCCUUCCACUUCGACCCGAAGGAACUGCGACUGCAAAGAGAACACGCCCUCCUCACAGCCCGUCGCUUGCCGCUGCUUGGUCGGCAGAGAGAUCACCAGCGGAUCCGAUACCCGCAUGUGUACGAUGCCUAUGCUGAAGCCACCAAGAUGCCUGCCUUUGUGGGUGGAGCCAAGUUGCUCUUGCCCGAGGGGAUCAAGCGGGAGAACAGCAAGAUGUUCGAGGAGGUAGUGAUCCCUCCCAAUGAGCCUAUGCCCAUCGGCUUUGAGGAGAAGCCUGUCUACAUUGAGCAGCUUGAUGAGAUUGGCCAACUUGUGUUCAAAGGGAUGAAACGGCUGAACCGCAUCCAGUCUAUCGUGUUCGAGACGGCCUACAACACCAACGAGAACCUGCUGAUCUGUGCGCCCACAGGCGCUGGCAAGACCAACAUCGCCAUGCUGACGGUGCUGCAUGAAAUCCGCCAACACCUGCAACCGGGGGGUGUCAUUCGCAAGGACGAGUUCAAGAUCGUCUACGUGGCCCCCAUGAAGGCCUUGGCUGCUGAGAUGACAAAUUACUUCAGCAAGCGCCUGGAGCCACUGGGUAUCAUUGUCAAGGAGCUGACCGGGGACAUGCAGCUGACCAAGGGGGAGAUUCUUCGCACACAGAUGCUGGUGACGACCCCGGAGAAGUGGGAUGUGGUGACCAGGAAGAGCGUGGGAGACGUCGCUCUAUCCCAGAUCGUACGGCUGCUCAUCCUGGACGAGGUGCACCUGCUCCAUGAAGACCGGGGACCUGUGCUAGAGAGUCUGGUGGCCAGGACGCUGCGACAGGUGGAGUCAACGCAGAGCAUGAUCCGCAUCUUGGGACUGUCAGCCACGUUGCCCAACUACAUGGACGUUGCCUCAUUUCUGCACGUGAACCCCUACAUUGGCCUUUUCUACUUUGACAACCGCUUCCGCCCCGUUCCACUAGGCCAGAGCUUUGUGGGCAUUAAGACCACCAACAAGAUUCAGCAGCUGCAUGACAUGGACGAAGUGUGCUAUGAGAAGGUACUGGAGCAGAUUCGCGCUGGACACCAGGUGAUGGUGUUCGUCCACGCCCGGAAUUCCACGGUGAGGACAGCGCAGAGCCUCAUCGAGAUGGCAAAGAACCGCGGCGAGGCCUCCUUCUUCCUGCCGGAGCAUGGACCUGACUAUGGCCAGUGUGAGAAGCAGGUCCAGAGGUCCCGAAACAAGCAGAUGCGCGAGAUGUUCCCGGACGGGUUCGGGAUCCAUCAUGCUGGGAUGCUGCGCCAGGACCGCAACCUGAUGGAGAACCUGUUUUCCCGCGGCUACCUGAAGGUCCUGGUGUGCACUGCCACGCUGGCCUGGGGUGUGAACCUUCCUGCCCACGCUGUCAUCAUCAAGGGCACCCAGAUCUACGAUGCCAAGCGGGGCACGCUGGUGGACCUGGGCAUCCUGGAUGUGAUGCAGAUUUUUGGGCGUGCUGGACGCCCCCAGUUUGACAAGUAUGGCGAAGGCACCAUCAUCACCACACAUGACAAGCUGAGCCACUACCUCACCCUGCUGACCCAGCAGAACCCCAUCGAGAGCCAGUUCCUGGAGAGCCUUGCCGACAACCUGAAUGCCGAGGUGGCGCUAGGGACAGUGACCAACGUGGAGGAAGCUGUGAAGUGGCUGAGCUACACGUACCUUUACGUUCGCAUGAGGAUGAAUCCACUGGCCUACGGCAUCAACCACAAGACCUACCAGAUGGACCCGGGUCUGGAGCUGUACCGGCAGGAACUGGUUGUGGAGGCGGGCCGCAAACUGGACAAGGCCCGCAUGGUCCGCUUCGAGGAGCGCACCGGGUAUUUCUCCUCCACGGACCUGGGCCGCACCGCCAGCCAUUUCUACAUCCGAUACAACACCAUUGAGACAUUCAAUGAGCUGUUCAACGCACAGAAGACCGAGGCAGACAUCCUGAGCAUCGUAUCCAAAGCUGAAGAAUUUGAGCAGGUCAAGGUGCGCGAGGAAGAGAUGGAGGAACUGGAGCACCUGCUGCACAAUCACUGUGAGCUCCCUGCGGCAGGUGGCGUGGAGAACGGCUACGGCAAGAUCAACGUCCUCCUGCAGACCUACAUCGGCCGUGGGGAGGUGGACAGCUUCUCCCUCAUCUCUGACCUGUCCUAUGUAGCUCAGAAUGCUGCCCGUAUCGUGCGGGCGCUCUUUGAGAUCGCACUACGGAAGCGCUGGCCUGCCAUGACAUACCGCCUACUGAACCUGUGCAAGGUGAUCGACAAGCGUCUGUGGGGCUGGGCCCACCCACUGCGCCAGUUCUCCACGCUGCCCGAGACGGUCCUGUCCCGCCUGGAAGAGCGCAAGCUUACCGUGGACAAGCUCAAGGACAUGAGGAAGGAUGAGAUUGGUCAUAUGUUGCACCAUGUGAACAUCGGAUUAAAGGUCAAACAGUGUGUUCACCAAAUUCCUUCCAUCCUGAUGGAUGCAACCAUCCAGCCAAUCACACGCACCGUCCUCCGGGUCAAGCUGACAAUCACCCCUGACUUCAGGUGGAGCGACCAGGUGCACGGGUCGGUUGGGGAGCCCUGGUGGGUGUGGGUUGAGGAUCCUCUCAAUGACCACAUCUACCAUUCAGAGUAUUUCCUGCUGCAGAAGAAACAGGUGGUGGCCGGCGAGCCUCAGCAGCUGGUCUUCACCAUCCCCAUAUUUGAGCCCCUGCCCUCACAGUACUACAUCCGCGCUGUGUCGGACCGCUGGCUCGGUGCCGAGGCUGUGUGCAUCAUCAAUUUCCAGCACCUCAUUCUGCCAGAGAGACACCCGCCGCAUACUGAGCUGCUGGACCUCCAGCCCCUGCCUGUGAGCGCCUUGGGGAACCGCGAGUAUGAGAGCUUGUACAAGUUCACUCACUUCAACCCCAUCCAGACGCAGAUCUUCCACACAGUGUAUCAUACAGACAGCAACGUCCUCUUGGGGGCGCCCACGGGCUCCGGCAAGACCAUCGCCGCAGAGCUAGCCAUUUUCCGCAUUUUCAACCAGUAUCCGACCUCCAAGGCAGUGUACAUCGCCCCGCUGAAGGCCUUGGUUCGAGAAAGGAUUGAGGAUUGGAAGAUCAGGAUGGAGGAGAAGCUUGGGAAGAAGGUGGUGGAGCUCACUGGCGAUGUGACACCAGACAUGCGGGCGAUCGCCCAGGCCGACCUGAUCGUGACCACACCCGAGAAGUGGGAUGGGGUGAGCCGCAGCUGGCAGAACCGCAGCUACGUCCAGAAGGUGGCCAUCCUCAUCAUUGACGAGAUCCACCUGCUGGGGGAGGAUCGUGGCCCCGUCCUCGAGGUCAUCGUGUCCAGGACCAACUUCAUCUCGUCUCACACAUCCCGGGCUGUGCGUGUGGUGGGCCUUUCCACAGCGCUGGCCAACGCCCGCGACCUGGCCGACUGGCUCGGCAUUGGACAGAUGGGCCUCUUCAACUUCCGUCCCUCUGUGCGCCCCGUCCCGCUGGAGGUGCACAUCCAGGGCUUCCCUGGGCAGCACUACUGCCCCCGAAUGGCCAGUAUGAACAAGCCCGUCUUCCAAGCCAUCCGCAGCCACUCUCCCGCCAAGCCUGUGCUGAUCUUUGUGUCGUCACGGAGGCAGACUCGUCUCACGGCGCUGGACCUCAUCGCCUUCCUGGCCACCGAGGACGACCCCAAGCAGUGGCUGCACCAGGAUGAAAGGGAGAUGACGGACAUCAUUGCCACUGUGCGGGAGUCCAAUCUAAAGCUGACGCUUGCCUUUGGCAUCGGUUUGCACCACGCCGGGCUGCACGAGAGGGACAGGAAGACCGUGGAGGAGCUCUUCGUCAACUGCAAGAUACAGGUGCUGAUUGCCACAAGUACACUAGCCUGGGGGGUGAAUUUCCCUGCCCACCUUGUGAUUGUCAAGGGGACAGAGUACUUUGAUGGGAAGACUCGGCGCUAUGUGGACUAUCCAAUCACAGAUGUUCUUCAGAUGAUGGGUCGAGCAGGGCGGCCGCAGUUUGAUGACCAGGGCAAGGCUGUAAUCCUGGUUCAUGACAUCAAGAAGGAUUUCUACAAAAAGUUCCUCUAUGAGCCCUUCCCAGUGGAGUCCAGUCUUUUGAGCGUCCUGUCAGACCACUUGAAUGCUGAAAUAGCUUCAGGGACUAUUGCCUCCAAGCAGGAUGCCAUGGACUACAUCACAUGGACGUACUUCUUCCGCCGUUUGGUCAUGAAUCCGAGCUACUACAACCUGGAGGACAUCAGCCAUGAGAGCAUGAACAAGUUUCUGUCCAGCUUGGUGGAGAGAAGCUUGAGAGACUUGGAGUGCUCCUACUGCAUAGAGAUACAGGAGGAUGACCGCACGAUUGAACCCCUGACCUAUGGUCGCAUCGCCUCCUACUACUACCUGAAGCACGAGACCAUGCGGAUGUUCAAGGAGAUGCUGAAGGCUGAGUGCUCCAUCCCAGACCUGCUGACCGUUCUCACAAGUGCAGAGGAGUACGCAGAGCUUCCCGUGCGACACAAUGAGGACCAGCUGAACAGCGAGCUGGCCAAGCGGCUCCCCCUGGAGGUGAACCCCCACUCAUACGAUAGUGCCCAUACCAAGACGCACCUGCUGUUGCAGGCACACUUCAGCCGCGCCAACCUGCCAUGUUCCGACUACGGCACCGACACCAAGACCAUACUGGACAGCGCCAUCCGCAUCUGCCAGGCCAUGCUGGACGUGGCCGCCAACGAGGGCUGGCUGGUGACGGCGCUCAGCAUCUGUAACCUGGUGCAGAUGAUCGUCCAGGGUAGAUGGCUUCAUGACUCCUCAUUGCUCACCGUGCCCCACAUUGAGCAGCAAAACCUCUACCUUUUCAGGAGGUGGGCACCACGGCAGGGGAAGGACAGGUCCGGGGGCUACCACGGCACCAUCGAGGAACUGCCCGAGCUCAUUGCCGCUUGCGAGGGCCGGGAGAGCACCUUCGCUUCCCUGGUGGGGGAGGAGCUGCAGCCCGUUCAGGUCUCCCAGGCCUGGUCCUUCCUGAGCCACCUGCCCGUGGUGGAGGUGGAAAUGAGCGUAAAGGGCUGGUGGGACAAGUCCCCAGAGAAGACGGAGCGACCUCUGCCUGCCGCCGUGUCCGAUAUCAGGGAUGAGAGGAAUUGGCUUCCUGUCCACGCUGACCAGGAGUACGUCCUGCAGGUCAAUCUGCGCCGUGUCCAUAUGGGCCACCAGAAGAGGAAGCAGGACAGCAAGGCAGUGGCGCCACGGUUCCCCAAGGCCAAGGACGAGGGCUGGUUCUUGGUCCUCGGAGAUGUGGAGAAAAGAGAGCUCCUUGCUGUCAAGCGCAUUGGCUUCAUUCGCAACCACAGCACUACCUCCAUCGCUUUCUUCACCCCGGAGAAGACAGGAAGGUGCAUCUACACCCUCUACCUGAUGAGCGAUAGCUACCUGGGCCUGGACCAGCAGUAUGACAUCCAUCUGGGCGUUGCACCCGCCAGCAUCGCAGCACAGGUGAACAGCGAAAUGUCACAUCCUAUGAGUGACGUCGCCUCCUAGCACCCAGUCUGGCUGCAAGGAAAGUGUCUCUGGCCUCAGAACCUGGCGUCUCCCAGCAUCCUCUGCUGCACUCCUACAGCUUACCCACCAUCAACGGGCUCCAAAGACCAGAGAGACUGAUGUUAAACAUGCCGUCGCUCCUCACGGCAACUGUGACAGAUCAUUACAAAGUGUACCGGUGACACGCUUAUUUGCGCUCGUCGAGCGUAUCGACUCUGCCAAAGUGUAGGAAACACGCAUUUCCUACAAGAACCCUGUGUGUAAAAUGUGUUAACAGAGAUGAGUAUGAGAAACAGAAUGAGCGUUUUGAAAGAGAAGGUUUGUUUUCAGCCUGCAGUGUGGUAAGCACAGUGACAGUUCACUUCUGGGGCCCUUUCUGCUAUGGUUGCCCAUCAACCCCCGCCUUCAUGUUGCUUCCUUUUUUAAUUUUUGUGCCAUCUGAAGUUUAUGAUGUGUUCUGAAAUUAGUACAUAGUCAGUUUGAAAGUUUGGAUAAUGUUUACAUUUACUUUUACACAAACAUUUAAUGUAGGUGCAUGUAAGUAUGGCUUCAUUACUGUAAAGAGUGGAUAUGAAAAUGGCCUUCCUGGUAAAUUCCUUAUAAUAGCCUGUAUUCUUGAUAGGGGGGAAAUGCAUUCACUCACAUUUGACCAUUGUUUGAUAGAAUUUAUGAUUUUGUAAACACUGCACACGCACACAUACAGCUGGUUUAAAAAAGCUGUGGUGUGUUGUGGGCUGUGGAGAGGUGGCGUGAAAGCUGCGUUCAUGGUCUGACCGCAGAUGUGUCAACCGUGCCUCGCUUUCCACACCUCAAGUCCAACGUGCCGAGGUGUGACGGUGUGUAUGUAUGUGUGAUUGUCACAGGGAGAUGCAUCUCCUCCUGUUGGGCCCAACCUAUAGAUAGGGACUGAAUGAACUCCAUGGAACAAAUGCUAUAGAAAUGUCUUCAGAUAUUUCCUGGAUAAUGUCCGCACAUUAAUGAAGAUGUCUUAAAUUGAAAAUUGACUCUUGCAACACUUUUCCUCCCACUGACUUGUUUAAAAAAAAAAAAAAAAAAGUAAUUGUUUUCACAUGACAUUUAUGGUCUCAGCAGCUCAGCUUCAGCAGCAAGUUGUGCCUCACUCUCCUGUCUCUGACCUCACAUUGCAAGAUGCAGAAAUAUUUUGAAUUAAAAGGAGCUAAAAAAUAACUUAUUUGCUCAAUUAAACAAGAGGCUUCCUUUGCAUUUGCUACCUUUUUCUUCUCUACUUCCUGUCAACACGAAUAAAGUGAAAUUA